CGCGUGUGCGUCUCUGUCUCUUUUGAAUAGCCUUGCAUCGACUCCCGUGUUGCAGAUGGCGGCCCGGUCACCGUGUACCUGUCCAUGGUCAUCAGCGGGAUCAACGACAUCAACGAGAGAGACAUGACAGUGGUUAUUGAGGUCUACUUCCGGCUCCUGUGGAAGGACCCGCGCCUCUCGUUCCCGGAGGACCUGUUCAACGACACGCAGGACAGCGCCCCCGUCUCCUACAGUCUAAUCGAGGACCUCAAUCUCUGGAAGCCGGACCCGUUCAUCGAGAGGGUGCACCGCAUGAACUCGGCGACCCUCAUCCAACCGUUCGGAGGCGUUCAGCUGCUGCGCGACGGCAGGAUCUUCUGGGGCCAAAUGUUCGUGAUUAAGCUCGGCUGCCCCAUGUUCUUCCACGACUUCCCUUUCGACGUUCAGGUCUGCAAGAUCGAGAUGGCGAGCUGUGAGUUCUUCGUCGCGAGUGUGCCUUUGCAUGCAGGCUCUGUUAGGCGAUCCUAAAUCUUAACC